UUUGAGCUGCUGUUUGCCAGAAUCAAACGGAAAACCCAACCCCAUUUCUUUUUAAGUGUAGCUUGGUGUUCAGUUUCCUGCAAGACAUUUCUUUUCUAAGUCCAAGGAACUAGGAAAAUAAGAAGAGAAUUAGAGUGAUGGAAAUUAAGAUUGAAAAUGGAGAAUCAACAACAACUAUUGAAGACAAGAUGCAACCCCUUUUGCAAAAUGCAGCAAUUCCCCUAAAACAACCGAAAACGCCUGCACAGAAGGCCAUAAGGAAAACAAUCAAAGGAACAGGGCAUUUGAUAAGGCUUCUCCCCACGGGCUCUGUCCUUACAUUCCAAAUUGUUUCUCCCAUUUUAACCCAUCAAGGCAAAUGCCCCACUCACACAAACAGAGUUAUAACUUUAGCCUUCUUGGCUCUCUGUGGACUGUCAUGUUUCAUUUUGCGUUUAACCGAUAGCUUCCGGGAUGAAAGGGCAAAAGUUAGACAUGGGCUAGCUACAUUCAGAGGCCUCUGGGUUCUUGACACACCACUGAAACUUUCACCAGAAGAGGCUGCUAGAUAUCGCCUAAAAUUCAUUGAUUUUUUUCAUGCCUUUGCGUCAAUAUUGGUUUUCGCAGCAGUUGCAUUGUUUGACAAAAAUGUUGUAAAUUGUUUCUGCCCACAUCCGUCAGAUGAAACCAAAGAGCUCUUAGUGUCGGUGCCUGUUUGCAUUGGAGUUGCGUGCAGUAUAUUGUUCGUUUUGUUCCCCUCCAAGCGCCAUGGAAUUGGGUCCUCUGUCUUUCGGAAUCAGUAGUUCAUCUGAUUUCUCUUCCAUUUAUUCCUUGAUUUCUAGUGUACUUUAUAUUAUUUAUUUGUGACAAUAUAACUCUUCACUCUUAAGAUGAAGAAGUUCCAUCACAAAUUUUUUAUCAUCAUCUUCACAUGAAAGUGAUGGUAUCGGGCUUUUAAUAUUGUCCACAUUGCUUAUUUAAUAAAAAUUGUA